GCAGGAAAACCUGAUCAGAUCGCACGCGGCAGGAGUCGGCGCGCCCCUGACGCCGGAGCGGACGCGCAUGCUGAUGGCGCUGCGAUGCAACGUGCUAGCUAAAGGUUACAGCGGGGUGACCCUGAAGGUCAUCAGUCAGAUCGUGGAUGCGGUUAACGCUUCGUGCCUUCCCUGGGUGCCGGAGAAGGGCACGGUUGGAGCUAGCGGGGACCUGGCUCCUCUCGCCCACCUCGCCCUCGGCAUGAUGGGAGAGGGAAAGAUGUGGAGUCCCAAGUGUGGCUGGGGCGAUGCGAAAUACGUUGCAGACGAUCAUCGGUUCUGUAACCGCGUGCAGGACGCGUACACGCUGCGCUGCGUACCUCAGGUUCACGGCAUCGUCAACGAUACCGUAGACUUCGUGCGCGGUAUCAUUACGACGGAGAUCAACAGCGCUACGGACAACCCCAUGGUGUUUGCUGACCGUGGAGAGAUCAUAUCUGGCGGCAACUUCCACGGAGAGUAUCCAGCCAAGGCGCUCGAUUACCUCGCCAUCGGCAUACAUGAGAUAGCAAACAUGAGCGAGAGACGUAUAGAACGACUCGUCAACUCCGCGUACAGUGAGCUUCCGGGAUUCCUUGUGAAGAACGGAGGGCUUCAUAAUGGCUUCAUGGUUGCACACUGCACGGCAGCAUCGCUCGUUCGGAGAACAACGGCCUGUGUAUCGCCGUCGACUCGAUCGAACUCUCUGACGACGAGUGGCGGACAGGAGGACCACGUCUCGAUGGGCGGCUGGGCGGCGAGGAGGCGCUGA